CCCACUCAGAUACAGUAGUGGGGCUGAGGACGUGUUGGCAGUGGAAGCAGAAGGUGAAGAAGUUGCACUGGAGGAGGGGGCUGAGCUGCACCGAGGUCGGACUGGAUUUUUACUCUGCAGAAAUUGUCCAGAGGCAACACAGAGCUUGAAAUGGAGGGAAUCUGCAGGAUCCAAGUCUUGCACACGUUUCUUCUUCUCUGGAUCUUCAUCGGCUGGAACGUGGCGGCGGUGGCGGGAUCUCAGCAAGGAAUCCCUCUGUCAGUCGUAAAGCUUUGGGCCUCUGCAUUUGGCGGAGAAAUCAAAUCAAUUUCUGCAAAGUACUCUGGCUCCCAGCUAUUGCAAAAGGAGCUGUGGUCCAUUACGGCGCCACGUUCGGGGGCCAACUCCACCUCUGAGGCCAGUCCCCCCAUCAGGGCCACCAGCAGGCUGAACCCUAAGAUCACAGCUGCCUGUCUUUGGGAAGAAAGUGGAGGGCAGCGAGGAAGUCCUCGAAAAUACGGAGAAAGUGUCCAAACGGCAUUUAGGAAGCGUCUCCAAGCCCAAAACCCAGGACUCUCCUGCCCAGAGAAAUAUAAAGAGCCUGAAAAGUCGGUCAGAGUGGAGGAGAUUGAUGGCGUGAAGCUGGUUAAAGAUCUGGCUGUGAAGAUGGAGGAGAUGUUCCAGAGAAAAGCAGAGGCCACCAGGCGGCUGGUGGAGGCUGCGGAAGAAGCGCAUCAUCAGCACGAAUACAACCCAGACCUGCAGUUUGAGUACUUCAACGCUGUGCUGAUCAACGAGGUGGGCGAAGACGAGAAACCCGUGGAGCUGGGGGGAGAGUUCAUCCUGGAGCCCAACGAGCAUUUCAACAACCUCUCAGUCAACCUGAGCCUCAGUGUGGUGCAGGUGCCCACCAACAUGUACAAUAAAGAUCCAGAUAUCAUGAAUGGGGUUUACUGGUCGGAGGCCUUGAACAAGGUGUUUGUAGAAAACUUUGAAAGAGAUCCAACGCUUAUCUGGCAGUACUUUGGAAGUGCCAAAGGUUUCUUCAGACAGUACCCCGGAGUAAAGUGGAAUUCAGACCAGUCAAUCAGCUUCGACUGCAGAAAUCGGAAGUGGUACAUCCAGGCAGCCACGUCUCCCAAAGAUGUGGUGAUCCUGGUGGAUGUUAGCGGCAGCAUGAAGGGUCUGAGGCUGACGAUCGCCAGACAAACAGUGUCCUCCAUUUUAGACACGCUGGGCGAUAAUGACUUCUUCAACAUUAUUGCUUAUAAUCAGGAGAUCCACUAUGUGGAGCCUUGUUUGAAUGGUACGUUGGUCCGAGCCGACACAACCAAUAAAGACCAUUUCCGUGAACAUCUGGAUAAGCUGUUUGCCAAAGGGAUCGGGCUGCUGGGCGAAGCGCUGACCGAGGCCUUCACAAUCCUGAAUGAUUUUAACCAGACUGGACGUGGCAGCGUGUGCAGCCAGGCCAUCAUGCUUGUGACGGACGGAGCUACGAAAAUGUAUGAUGAUGUUUUUGAGAAGUACAACUGGCCAGACAGAAAAGUGCGCAUAUUCCCCUACCUGAUUGGGCGAGAGUCUGCGUUUGCAGAUAACCUGAAAUGGAUGGCUUGUGCCAACAAAGGGUAUUUUAGUCAGAUCUCCACUCUAGCCGAUGUCCAGGAGAACGUGAUGAGGUACCUUCACGUCAUGAGCCGUCCAAAGGUUAUCGAUCAUGAACACGAUACGGUGUGGACUGAAGCGUACGCGGACAGUGCUCUUUCUCAUGCUAUAGAGCUUCGCAGUAAAUCGGGUCCAGCUCUGACAACGACAGUAGCAAUGCCAGUGUUCAGCACAAAGAAUGAAACGAAGAACCAGGGUAUUCUGCUGGGAGUCGCUGGCACAGACAUCCCGCUGGAGGAGCUGAUGAAGCUCAUCCCAAAACAUAUGUUAGGGAUCCAUGGAUACGCUUUUGCAAUCACAAAUAAUGGCUACAUCCUGACGCAUCCGGACCUCAGGCCUUUGUAUAAGGAGGGACAGAGGAGGAGGAAGCCUUAUUACAGCAGCGUGGAUCUCUCUGAGGUGGAGUGGGAAGACAAGGACGACAUCCUACGUAACGCCAUGGUAAACAGGAGGACGGGGACUUUCUCUAUGGACGUGAAGAGGACCGUGGACCGAGGGAGGCGCGUUCUCAAGAUGCACAACGACUAUUACUACACCGACAUCAAAGGAACUCCAUUCAGUGUCGGAGUUGCUCUCUCCAGAGGCCACGGAAAGUAUUUCUUCAGAGGAAAUGUAUCGAUGGAUGCAGGGCUCCGUGAUCUGGAACAGCCAGAUGUCGCCCUGGCAGAUGAAUGGACCUACUGCAACACGGAGGAGAAGCACGAGCAUCGCCACCUGACCCAGAUUCAAGCCAUAAAGCUCUUCAUGACUAGCCGCAGACCACACCUCAAAUGUGACAGAGAGUUGAUACAGGAAGUGUUGUUCGACGCUGUCGUCACGGCUCCACUGAAGAGCUACUGGAACAGUCUGGCUCUCAACAAAUCAGAGAACCCAGACAAAGGGGUGGAGAUUGCAUUCCUGGGCACACGGACUGGUCUGUCCAGGACAAACCUGUUUGUACCGACUGUCCGAAAUUUCCUGACAGCGGAGGACGAGGAGGGUGUGUUUAACGCUGAUCACUUCCCCCUGUGGUACAGGAGAGCGGCAGAGCAGGUCCCAGGCACAUUUGUCUACUCCAUCCCCUUCAGCACAGCUUCUGAGAGUGUGGUGUUGGCCAGCACAGCAAUUCAGCUCCUCGAUGACAGAAAGUCUCCAAUUGUUGCUGCUGUGGGGAUCCAAAUGAAGCUCGAGUAUUUUCAGAGAAAGUUCUGGACUGCCUGCAGACAGUGCACAGCUCUGGAUGGAAAUUGUAUCAUUAGCUGUGAUAGUGAGGACAUUAACUGCUACCUCAUUGACAACAACGGCUUCAUUCUUGUUACAGAGGAAAAAUCUCAGACAGGGCUUUUCUUUGGAGAGGUGGAGGGCGCCGUCAUGAGCAAACUUCUCCAAAUGGGCUCCUUUAAGAGAAUCAACCUCUAUGAUUACCAGGCGCUUUGCAGAGAGUACGCCGGGAGCAGCGACAGCGCACGCACUCUGUCAGACCCUUUCUCAAUGGUUAAGUGGCUCCUGACAGAACUUGUCAUUUUCCUGCUAGAAUUCAACCUGUACAGCUGGUGGAACGUCGACCUCUCAGUCAAAGCUCAGAGACCUCAGGGUAAAACCAUGAUGGUGCCCUGCGACACAGAAUACCCAGCCUUCGUCUCCGAACGCACCAUUAAGGAGACAACAGGCAACGUUGACUGCAAUGGUUGUGUUAGUUCUUUUGUCAUACAGCAGAUUCCCAGCAGCAACCUGUUCAUGGUUGUAGUUGACAACAAGUGCGACUGCAGCGCCGUUGAUCCUGUAACAAUGGAUCCCAUCGAGAUCAAGUACAACGAGUCACUAAAAUGUGACAGACUAAAGCUGCAGAAGGACAGGAAAAAGCCUGAGUCAUGUCAUCCUUUCCACCCGGAGGAAAAUGCCAUGGAGUGCGGCUCAGCCAGUCGCCUCUCCGGCUGCCUGGCUGCAAAUCUGCUGACUCUGAUUGCAGCGACCGUCAGCAGGUGACCACGAGCUGCAGGUCUGAAGCUAACGCCACCAGAAGACGC